AUGGGAACCGUCAUGCAGAUGCCACGUGUUUUCACAAGAAUGGGUUUUCGGAGUGGUUCCUUGAACUCCAGAAGCAACGAAAGGUGGCUCACGCGAAGAAAAAAGAAUGGUGGGAGCGGUGUAGCUGUUGUUGCCACCACCAACCAGACUUCCGUAGGCUUGGUCUCCGGCGGUACCUCGAGUGUCUCACACCCUUGCCCACGACAGCUCCUUCAGUUGAUGAUUCUCUUACUGUUCUAUCUUAGUUAUCCAUUCAAGAGUCUGCUGACUGCGAACGUAACUAGGAAAAGCUUUGGUGCUUUCCGACCAAUGAGAUUCUUGUUGGAUUAUAGAUUUACGUGUUAUUGA